AUGCCAUCAACACCAUGGACUAAGCCGGACACAAGCACCCGCCCAAUCGCCGUCAUUGGCGCCGGUGUAAUGGGCCGUCGAAUCUCCAUGAUGUGGGUAGCUGCAGGAUACAACGUAAUCUUGUGCGAGAAAUCAGUAGAUGAUUACGAUGGCGCGGUGGACUUCAUCAUGGAGAACAAAGACAAGCAAGCCUCCCAGCUGGGCACCAAGCCCGCCGAACUCAAGAUCAGCUCGUCUUUGCAGGAAACUGCCGAAAAUGCCUGGAUGGUGAUUGAAGCCGUGCCCGAGAAGCUGGAGAUGAAGAUCGAUAUUCUGGGUCAAGUCGAUGCCAUUGCGCCUCCGGACUGCAUAAUCGCCAGCAAUUCGUCCUCGCUACGGAGCAGCCAGAUGAUCGUCAACACGAAGAAGAACUACCGCAUCUGCAACGGUCACUACUACAUGCCCCCGGAGCAAAUCUACUACGAAGUCAUGUCGUGCGGCGAGACGGACCCGGAUAUCUUUCCAUUUUUGAUGGAGAAGGCUGCAGGUGCGGGUUUCAAGCCGGUCCAUGCUAAGAUUGAGUCGACGGGCUUGGUUUUCAAUCGAAUCUGGGCGUCGAUCAAGCGGGAGGUCUUGCUCGUCCUUGCUGAGGGGGUGAGCGACGGUCAUACCAUUGAUGAAAUGUUUAAGGGCUGGUUUAAGGCGACCAAGGGCCCUUGCCAGAUGAUGGAUACGGUUGGCUUGGACACUGUGUACAAUAUCGAGGUUGUUUACACUCAGCAGCGCAACCUAGAUACUACUGCUAGGGACUGGCUGAAGGAGACCUAUGUUGAUAAAGGCAACUUGGGGGCUAAAGGCGGGAAGGGACUUCUUGGAUAA